AGGGAGGGCCCUGUCAGUAUCUUCCGCCUUCGCCUCCUUCCCUCAGCCUCGCCUGCCAUUUGCUCCCUGUCUGGGCGGGGAGGCGCCUUUUGGCGGAGCACAGGCGAGAGGGAAGCGCGCGCGGAGGAAACAAGCCCGCUUGUCAGGUGCAAACCGCCUUCGCUCCUUUUAUUCCCUCCUCGCGCCACGAGGCCGCGCCGGUGUAUUGAUGUGCUUGGCAGUUCUGCUCGGAGGCCCAGUUUCCCGCCUGCGCCUCGCGAGGGACGGGGAUGAGAAGCCAAGCGGAGCAGCGCCGCCGAGGCCCAGCUUCCCGCCCGAAGGAGUAGCCGUAGCCAGCCAGGGAUGCUGAAGGGAAUGGGACGACGGGGCCUGGCCCAGCCGGCCGGGAAAUGCUUCAAGAGGGCCUGUGGGUUGUCAGAGAAAUUCCUUUUGAUGUGAAUAAAUCAUCUUCUACCCUUCUGGGAUGCCUUAGGUAAUGCACAGCAACACUGCAAUGGCAACUGGAGCUUUCUCUGGUUCCCUCCUUGUGACUUGCUUUCUGAUGGUUGCUAUCUGUAGUUCUACUACAUCUCUGCAAAAACUGUCUAAGACUCAAGACAAGCAGGAAAUGAAGCCAAACCAAGAAAAGAGGGACCAUACAUCAAAUCGGGAUAGCCAGAAUCAGACCGGAUUAGGGAAGACGAAUGAAAUGGGCAGAAAUGGGAGGGAAGAGGGCACAAAAGACUGGAAGAGCAAAAGCACCAGAAAUUACUCUAAUAAAGAAUCUUGGACUAAGCAAAAACAAGGUUUGAGUAGUCAGGCCACAAGAAGUAAGUUUGGAAGCCAACCAUCCCAAGACCAAGUUUAUGGUGUGCAUCAGAAUCUUCAAGCUGCUGAAGAUUCCUCCCUCAUGGAUAUUAUUGCGAGUACCACUCCUGACCCUGCAGAGGAAUAUGCUUAUCCAGACUACCGUGGAAAAGGCUGUGUAGAUGAGAGUGGUUUUGUUUAUGCGAUUGGAGAGAAAUUUACUCCUGGUCCCUCUGCUUGUCCUUGCCUUUGCACCGAAGAGGGCCCUCUUUGCAUUCAACCAGAGUGUCCCAGACUUCAUCCCCGUUGUAUUCAUGUUGACACUAGUCAGUGUUGCCCACUGUGCAAAGAAAGGAAAAACUACUGUGAGUUUCGUGGGAAGAUUUACCAAACACUGGAAGAAUUCAUGGUUUCAUCUUGUGAAAAAUGUCGCUGUGAAGCCAACGGUGAAGUUGUGUGCACAGUGUCUGCUUGUCCUCAGACUGAUUGUGUGGACCCUGUAUAUGAACCAGAUCAGUGUUGUCCCAUCUGUAAAAAUGGCCCCAACUGCUUUGCAGAGACCACAGUCAUUCCAGCAGGUCGAGAAGUGAUGACAGAUGAGUGCACUAUAUGUCACUGUACUUACGAAGAAGUUACAUGGCGUAUUGAACGACAAGCUAUGUGUACUAGACAUGAAUGCAAGCAAAUUUAGAUCUAUGAAUCAAUGUCUCUGGAUAUUUUUAUUUAACAGUUUCAUGCACCAGUUGUUUGAGAAAAUACGAAUCAGCCUCAAAAUGAAUUUGGUUUGAGUUGUGGACAAAGUCAACUGCGCCCCCCCUCCCCCAAUAAAAUACUGUGAGUCAAAGAGUUUAAAAUAUUUGUUUUGUAUAGACACAAAUUAAAAUACUAUCAGUUAAUUACUUUCUUGUUUGCCCGAUCAUAGGUUAGGAUGCAAACUAUUGCCAAGUUAUGGUGGAAUAGAAAGGGUAAAUCUAAACCAACAAAAGGACUUGUAAGAGGACACCAUUCCCGAAUUUACAAGAAAUAUCCUGCUGUCCCAUUAGAUUCAAUAAGGUACAUGAUGGUGAUUUCAGUAAACUGAGAUUUAUUUUAAACAUUCAAAACAUAACUUAGAUUGACUUUUCUUGGAUGGGGAAUUUUUUUCAUUAAACCAACAUGAAUUAUUGUGGUAAGAAUUGAAUUGCUCUUUCAUCUUUCUGAUAUCUUAAACUGAUUUUGAUUUUUUGAUAUAAUAUUAGACUAUCUCUUGCCACUAGAAAUAAUUUAUGGGUUUUCAAUUGCUAAGCAGUUAAGGCAUAUGAAUAAAGAACAGAAGUUGUGCAACUCUUUAUUUUAAUUUGAAUUGCUAUUAACUACUUUGUUUGAUACACAAGCAGCAGCAUUUAAACCACAUCCAACCUGAGUUAUAAUAUAAUGUAUCCUCAGGAAUAAGAGGUACAUUAUCUCUUGAAGGAAAGGAUACUAAUCAUUGUUCAGUCUGUUUGCUCUUCUAGCGCAUUGCUCUACACUUUCAAGCACUGCAAACUCAACUAAGGAAAACACAUUUUAUAAGUUAGGCAAUCAUUAAAACCUGAGGAAAUUUUUGUCUUUGUGUUCCAAAUAUAAGUUUUCAUGCAUCCACCUUUUACCACUUUCAAAAAUAUUCAUCUUUAUGAGAAACACUAAAUUGCUAAACAGUAGUGUAUUUACUUAUAACAGAUACUUACAGCAGAUGGUUAAACUGUAAGGUCAAGAACAGACUUAACGUAAUACUGCUCUACAGCUGCUAUUUAGAAAGUACACAAAAAGAAUAAACCUUACAGUAUGCAUUUUACGGCAUUCUUAAAAAGCAUUUUAGUGAAGAUCCGGGAAAAUAAAGAAUUAGAAAUGAGGUACAAACCUACUGUGAUGAAAAACAGUUUAUUGAAAAGGCUCCUACAGCACCAUAAGCACAUUCUAAACCUUUAUUAAAGGUUUUAAGCCUGAAUUUAUGGUAUGAAACAACAGGAUUAUCACUUGCUUUAUUAUUAUGCAUACUAUGCUGUUGCCAUUUUAUUUCAAAGAUAUUAAAUCCCUGUCAUUUGUACUAAAAUAUUAUUUGUGGAUUUCACAUUUUAUGUGGCACAAAAUAGCACAUUUUCACACAAAUAAUGGUUGGAAUCCCAAAUCCCAAUAGGGAUAGGCUCAUUCAAUGAAUUGUCAAAUGGCAAAGUCAAGGCAUAAGCAACUGACACUUCUCCAAAGGUUACUUGCAUUUUUGUGAUCAGUGACAACUCCUGUAACUGUCUCGAUUUGACAGGGACAGUCUCAGUUAAUCCUUUGCCAUAACUCUUUUUCUGAUGCUUUCAAAAUGCCAGUUUCUCUUUCAUCCUUACACUUUCCCUCUUUGAGCUCAAUUUACAUCAAUUGCUACAAUCUGAGUUAUUGUUGUUGAUAUUAUUUACUUUAUUUAUACCCCACCUUUCUCCCCAUGGGGACUCAAGGUGGCUAACAACCACACAAUCUGGUCCAUUUAAAACAAACAAUUAAAUAGCACUGUGUGGAUUUAGGUUAAAAUACAGUUAAAAUAUAAUAAAUACAAUUAAAAUUGCAUUUACACCCCACAAUCUCUCCCCCCCCCCCCAAAUCCUACACAAGCCUUCCCAACAAUGUGCCCCUCAUCCAUCCCCAAAUGCCUACUGACAUAGAAAAACCUUUACCAGCUUGUAGAAGUCAAAACAAAAUGCAAAACUAGUUUAUACUUUAUUAACCCGGGGGGGGGGGGGGGGGGGGGGGAGAGAGAGAGAGAGAGAGAGAGAAGAAAAAGCAGAAUCCUAUGCCAGCAAACUAACCCCUUGAUCUAAUGUGUCACAAUUCUGUUGGCUGAAAUGUUGGAGAGUACAGUGGCAUAUCCAGUUUGGUCCUUAAGUCCAUGCAGAAAUCUACUUUUGUGAGUCAUUUUAUGUCCUAAUUCAGAAGAAAGCAACAUAUCAGUGGAGUCAAUAAAUAGAAAUAAGUGAACAUUAAUAUUGCAUAAAACAUUCACCCUCUACAUUUGCUGGGGUUGGGUCUCCAGCCCUCCAUAAAAAUGUUAAAAGCAUGAAUUAAAAAAACUUUUAUACACUGCCCCUUCGACACUGCCAUAUAAUCCAGAUUAUCAAAGCAGAUAAUCUACAUUAUCUGCUUUGAAUUGGAUUAUAUGAAUCUACACUGCCAUAUAAUUCAGUUCCAAUCAGAUAAUCUGGAUUUUAUAUAGCAGUGUAUAAGGGGCCUCAGAUAACACCUCUCAAUGUCAUCCAGUGUGAUUCCAUAGUCAAUGUCUGCUGAAAGCUGAUCUUAGAGUUGCAUUGCAAAUGUGAAGGGUGAACUGUAUCAAAAUAUAUGCCAGGUCUAGCAUGAGCUAUGCAUGUUGCAAAGAAGAAGUGCUAGCUUUCAGAAGUGUAUUGAAAAGGUUCUGGUUGGUUUCAGUUUCCUGUUGAAUAACCCGUUGGUGGCAAACCUGGAUUUAUUGCUGUGUGAUUUGAGAAACGGAAUCACACCCUGGAGUUUAACUGCGAUUUGUCUUUAAAAUUAGCCUCUGCACCAGUUUGAAAAGCAUCCUUUGAAGACUGCACCAUUAUGCAGAAGAGCAACAGAGCAGAAUACGUGUGUUUACUGAACUGUUUCUGUAUGUUUUCAAUUCAGCUCCACUCCCAUCCCCACCAGCAUCUCGCCCAUGCAGAGAUACAAGUCAUAAUUCCAUCCAUUUAUUACUUUAUUUAUAUUUGCAGCACAACUAUAUUGUCAGCUUUCAGUAAACGUUGACAGAUUUGCACUAGAUGACCUAGAUUCCUUGAGAGGUGUUCUCAUAGGUAUAAUAAAAAGGGUUUUUAAAAAUUUCUACCAACUAGGACUCAAGUUGGAUUCAAGGACUAAAAACAUGAAAAUUGAGACUACAAUAAUCAUUAAACAACAGAAUUAAAACAAUUUAAAUACUUAUUUGAAACAUAGCAUUACAGCACCAUAAAAAGUCCCUUUCUUAUUAACAAUCAAUUCCUAAAGAUAAUUGCUGAGUAAUUAUCCUGAUCCCACUAAGGAAGAGAGUCCUGAAUUGUGGGAGUAGCCACAGAGAAGCCCCUCUCCCACAUGUCUUAGUGCUUGAAGAGAAUGGUAGAUUUCUCAUUUUCCCCUCUCCUCGCAUCACUUUGUUACUCUAGCUCACAUAAUUACAGGUGCCAAGCAAUGACUUAUAUCAUUUUUGUGCCUGGUGGACACCACAAAGCUUAGAACAACAGGGGCAAGGUAAGAUGGUGGUCCCACACACUGAAUCAGUUCUGGUACAGCUGGGCUGUGCAGCUAUUAUCCAGGUGUCAGGCCAGCUGGGGAGCAUGCUCCUGAACAGGUUCAGUAGUUGGCUGUGUGGACCAUGAUGAUGGUGAUUCAAAGUAUCCUAGUGCAGAUUAGCAUUGCUUUUUGUUGCUCUGUGUUAGUGGGCCAUUAGAACAUUUAAUCCAGCAUCUAUUUUCUGUCUAAAGCUGAAAGAUUUCCCUGAAUGCUCACAAACGAAGCAUAAUGGGAUUGAUAAUAUAAUUUGUAGAGAUGAGUGAAGUCUGCAACCUUUGUGGUGAUGUGGGGGACCCCUUCUAGGGUCCUGCAUGCUCCACCCUAAGUCCUGAGAGGAGGCAGGAACCUGCAGCCAAUGAGUUCAUACUAAGGUUUGAGCUCAUUGAGUGCUGUACCCAACCAGUUGCCCAGGUGCAGGCUUUGCUUCUGUCAAAUGAGUUCCCACUCAAGUGUUCACUUGCCAGUUGCCUUCUCAGCAUCAUCCCAUUCCACUCACUUUUAUUUUGCAUUAUUUCCAAUAUUGUAACUUAGAGGUUUGGGCAAAUUGGUCAAUGUUGAUAUCCAAGUCCCUAUUCACAGCUGUAACCAAUAAAGAAGGCCUCUCCUUCCCCCUUAUCCGAGUGUGAUUUGGUGCUUCGAACUCCUUAAGUUGAACUGAAUUGGUUUUUGUUUGGGGGUUCCAAUGUACAUCAUAUUGUAAUUUCACAUACCUUUGCCUAUUCACUCAGUUUAGAUGAACAUUUAAUACCUUAUUUGGGAUUUCACAAAUUUGUUUAAAUCAGUUUUACCAUCUCCGACUUGCCAGUGAGUCCACAUUAUUCACAAAAAGGGUUCUUUCACACAUCCACUUAUUCCAAUUCAGGAUUUGGGUCAAGAGACUGUACACAGCCACCACAUGAACUAGCUGCAAGCUCCCAUGGAGUCCACAAAGCUCCAAUUAUCCAGAUCUAGCCAGUAUUUUUUUCUUGGCUCCUCUGGCAAAUGUGCUGCUCAGUAACAAUGUCUGUCUGCAGGAGAGCCGGACAAUAGAGGGCACUUUGGCGUUCCUAUGGGAACACUUCUUUUUUCUUGCUGAAGGAAACAUUGGUUACCUUCCCUCCGAGUUGAUUAUCCAGCCUGUCUGCAACUCCUGCAGCUUUAAUCCUGUCCAGACAAGCAGUCUGAAUGCUUCUUCCACUUUGCAGCACUGCACUGUUUAUACAGUGAUCAACUGCAGCACAUUUUAUGGUGUGAUCUGGAAUUUCCAAUGGUUUUUUAACAUGCAAAUUCCAGCUGGCUCAAGGUUGGGUCACAUUGGAGGUGAACCUUUUGUAAACACCCCAACCUUGAGCCGGGUCCAUUUGGAUUAUAGUGCCAUGUGGAUGAGGCCAUAGUUAUAUCACCCACAAAUUGUAUCUUUUUUUAAAAGCCAGGGGUUCAUGGGGCUUGGAAGGCUGUAAACCAGGAGUUUAGAGGCAGGGUGGGAAUUAUGUGGUCUUCUAGCUACUGUUGGGAGUAGUUCUCAGCAGCUUUAGUCAGCAAAGCCAGGGUGAGAAAUGCUGGGAUCUACAAAUCAACAUGUGGAGCACUGCAUGAUUCCUACUUCUGCUGCAACUGAUUUAUUUUGUCAUGAAACCUGGUAAUUCUUGCCACCUAUCUCCUCAUUUUAACCAAUUGUGUAAAAAGAUUUAAGUGAUAGAAUUUCAUCAAAAUAUUUUGAAAAAAAAAUGUGUAUGUGGGUUUUGGCCUCCAUAUCCACAGGUCCUGCAUCCAGAAAUUCCACCAUUCAUAGUUUGAAAAUAUAUAUAUUUUAAAAUCUGAAAAGCAAACUAUGCCAUUGUAUAUAAUUCACAUUUACUAGUUUUGAUAUCCAAGGUGAUCCUACAACCAAACCCUAGCAGAUACCAAGGGCCCAAUGCGUUUUCAACGAACUGCAUGACAUAUAACACUGGUGGAUUGAGCAUAUAUGAAACUUUGCAUAUUGCCUAGGAAUAGACUUCCCUGGACUUCAGAAACCCAUUAUAUAUUAAGAACAAAUUAAGCAGAGAUGUGAAUAAUUUAAUUAUAAGCAAUAAGAACCUCUUUGAUAUGUUAAAAUCUAUUUGGGAUAGAUUCUAGGUUAUUAUAUUCUUGACAGAUGAUAAAAGAUUUAUCUAUUGCAAAUAAAAUAAUCACCAAAGCCACUUUGUAAAAUUUCUGUUUGAAAAUACAAUAUAUUACCUCUAAUUUUAUUUGUAAUGUUUUAAAAUAUGUUCCUGACCAGAGCUAGGGGACUUUUUCAUGUUGGAGGGCUGCAGUAACUUGGCUGUAAUCAAAUAAGGCCAGAUUCAAGAAACUUCAAUUAGAUUUACGUUAAAAUGUAUUUUUUGUAAAAAAAUAUAUUUUGUAAAAAUCUACUGUGUACUUAAUCAUUUCAAAAAAAUUGAAAACUAUAUGCUAAUUUAAAGGUUAACUAACCAUUUCA